AUGAAUAAAUACUCCCUAAGAUUUGACAAUCCUAAAAUGGAAGAACUUUAUUUUUAAGAUCAAUAUGAAGAAUUAUUUAAUUUUUAUACUUGGGCUUGCUGUUUAGGUACUAUAAGUGCAAUAUGUGUUUUUACCAUGGAAUUUAUUGUUCCAUUUGGGUUUGGUUUUUGGAAAUAUACAUUGAUUAUUAUUCCAUUAGGCUUUGGAUUCAGUCAUAAAUUAAUAAAAAUGUUUCCCUAAUAUUUUAAUUAUGUUUUGGCUAUGAUGAAUAUUUCCUUAGGAGGAUUAAUAUUCAUUCUACUUUAUUUUUUUUCCAACUCUAAUUUACUAUUUUUGGCAGGAUAAACCGUCGCAAUGAUUCAAUAUAGUUUGCUUUUGGGUUCAAAUAUUAUUACAAACAUAUUAGUUUUGUUAAUAAAUUAGAUAGGAUUGAUGAUAUUAAGUUCAAUAGUUCAAAACUACUUUAAUUCAUUAUAACUAAUGUUUAUAUUAGCAUUGGUGCUAGUGCUAAAAUCAAUUUGGAGUAGUGAAAAGAUGAAAAGAUCAUUUUUUUUAUUGAAGUAUCAAAACAUUCAACUUCAUAAAUAAUUAGACAAUGUAUUUUAAUUAAAAAUAUUAAGAUGUAAAUUUGAUAAAAAAUUAAAUUAAAUAAAGUUAAUAAAUAUUAAUAAACAAGCUGAAAAAAUAAUUUAAGAUUAAAAACAAUUCAUUUAAUUUAUUAGACAAUAUACUAUUGCUUAAAUUAGAUCCCUCUCAUAACCAAUUCAAAUGUUUACAAGUUAACGUCAUAUUUAAAGAACAUAAACAUUAGAAUAAGUACUUUACAGUAUGCUGGUAGGAGAUGAUAAAGAGAAAUCAUCUGAAAUUUAUUCUGAAGUCACUAAAAUAGCAUUUAGAAUUUGUAUAUAUAAAAUUAUAGAAAAAAAUUAAGUUCAUUUAAUUGUGUUACUUUAAGAAGAUUCAGAAUAUUAAAAGAUAUUAAAAUUAAAUAAAGAAGUAAAGAAAAAGAAUCGCAAUCAGAAAUUAUUAAUGACAUGUCUUGAAAAUGCAAAAAAAUCUUUAUAAAUAUUAAAGUAUCUGACAAUAGAAAUUAUUGAAAAAAAACAAAAAAUGCAUUAAAAUUCUUAAAUGAACAUUAAAAUUAUUAAAAUACUCUCUAUUUCUUAAAGUAUUUUAUUUAAAUCUGUUCAUGGUUAUUAUAAUGUUCUUAUUCUUAAUAAAAUGCAACAAUAAUUAUAAGAGAUCAUAUAAUUUGACAUAGAGAUGUUGUCUAAUGAUGUAAGAAAACUUAGAAGUGUAUUUUGCAACAUAAAAUAAUUGCCUAUUAAUUAUGAAGGUGAUAAUUUAAAAUGUGAAUCAAAUUAUGUAUUAACAUUAUAAUUGAUUCUGAAUUUACUUCAAGAUUCAUUUUGUGAUAGAACUUAUGAAAAUGUUUUGAUUAAAGUAGAUUAUUUAUAUAUUUAUAGACUUAAUUAUAAUAACAAGAAAAAACUAAAGUGAUUAACUAUAAGGUCUAUCUAUUUAUUAAUGAAAAAACUGAGAGAGUUUGUAUUCCACUAAAUAGAAUUAUGAUCAAUUAAUUUAGUUAACUCAAGAAAAUAAACAAAAAGAUAAUGGAAAUUAUUGGAUGGAGUAAUUUAAUAACGAUAACUCAGGGAACAAAUUUUGACUUAAUUGAAUUUUGUCUUUUACAUUCUCUUAAGGAGUUUAAAGAAGCUAUGAAAAGAUGA